AUGGAUGUCGGGAUUCAACGAGCCCUGAACGACAAACUUUAUGACAAGAGGAAGGUUGGAGCGCUUGAACUCGAACGGGUGAUUCGUGAGCUGGUAGUCACUCGUGAUUACCCCAGAGUUCAAGCCAUCCUCGAGCAGCUAUGUAACGAAUUUGCCUACGCUGUACACCAACCCCAUGCUAGAAAUGGUGGCCUCAUCGGUCUGGCAGCAGCAGCUAUUGCUCUUGGUCCCGAAUUACCUCGCUACUUAGAGAAGAUAGUACCACCAGUGUUAGCCUGUUUCACUGACCAAGAUGCCAGAGUUAGGUACUAUGCCUGUGAGGCCAUGUACAACAUUGCCAAGGUCGCUAAGGGGGAGAUAUUGAUAUAUUUCAACGACAUAUUCGACGCACUUUGCAAGCUUGGAGCAGAUUCUGAGCUGUCCGUCAAGAACGGUGCCGAACUGCUCGACCGCCUCAUUAAAGACAUAGUCUCGGAAUCGGCCGCUUCUUAUGUAUCGGUUCUGGAAGGUGAACUAAGCCAGGAGAUUACCGACAAGGAGGAGCUCGAUGACCGCCCUCCGCCUCCAACCGCCUUCUCCUUGCGCCGCUUCAUACCCUUGCUCCAGGAGCGCAUAUGGGUUAUCAAUCCCUUUACUCGCCAAUUCCUGGUCGGUUGGAUCACCCUACUCGACUCCAUUCCUGAUCUGGAACUGGUGACAUUUCUGCCGGACUUCCUUGGAGGUUUGCUCAAGUUUCUGAGCGACCCUAAUCGAGAUGUUCACGUCGCCACGCAGGCGUGCCUGGACAAAUUUCUCAGCGAGAUUAAGAGGAUAUCUAGAGUAAAGAAGGGCAUCGCCGAAAGCAAGAAGUCCCGUGAAGGUGGCAAACGCAAACGUGAGGAGUCGGUUGACUCCGGUAGUGUCCAUAUUGAACCCGAAGAAGGCGACGAAAUUGACUCACAAAGCGAUGAUGACGAUGGGAGCGGCGAGGAGGACUGGAUCCCUGGCCAGGAUGUGCAAAUCAACUACCGAAAAAUUCUGGAAAUACUCACGGCGACGCUUGAUUCCCCGCUCGAAGAAGACUCCCUCUUGGAAUCCCUCCGCUGGAUCGUCGAGUUCCUGGACAUUUGCCCUGAAGAAGUGUUGCCAUUUACCCCCAAAAUAUUGGCUCACAUGCUGCCUGCUAUGGCCAGCGGUGUCGAGUCCAUCCGUCAGGCCGCCGCUCGCGUCAACGCUGGCCUGAUGGAUUACGUUGUCUCACUGUCUGACGAGCCGGAAAUCGGUGGCCCUUCUCAAUCCAUGUCGCGCAUUCCAGUUUCUGGCGACCGACAGGACGGAGCUUCAAGUGCUCGUGCGUCUCUCUCCAGUUCUCGGGACCUUGAGGUAAGAAGUCCGACUCCAGCUCAAGGUCAUAACCGGUCCCUCUCUACACCUAACGUACCAUCGUCGAAUGUUCACCCUCAAGUGGAUCUAGAUUAUGCCGCAGCAGUUAAUGCGUUGACAUUGUUAUUCCUCAACGAUCAUGAGGCAACCCGCGUAGCUGCGCUGACAUGGUUGAUAAUGCUCCACAGGAAGGCCCCAAGGAAAGUGCUCGCCUUCAACGAUGGAACUUUUCCUGCAUUACUUAAAACACUGUCAGACCCAGCAGAGGCUGUCGUCACGAAAGAUCUGCAGUUACUGUCCCAGAUUUCUCGCAAUAGUGAGGACGACUACUUUUCCAACUUCAUGGUCAACCUGCUUCAACUCUUUGCUACUGACAGAAAGCUUCUUGAGACCCGUGGAAACCUGAUUAUACGCCAGCUCUGCGUUAGCCUUAGUGCUGAAAGAAUCUACCGGACUCUUGCAGAUUGCAUAGAAAAAGAGGAGGAUGUCGAGUUCGCCAGCAUCAUGGUCCAGAACCUAAACAACAACCUCAUCACAGCUCCGGAGCUAUCUGAAUUGCGCAAGAGACUUCGCAACUUAGAGUCCAAGACACAAAACCAGGAUGGUCAAACCUUUUUCGUCGCCCUCUUCCGCUCUUGGUGCCAUAAUGCUGUCGCUACGUUCUCUCUUUGCCUUCUGGCUCAAGCCUAUGAGCAAGCUUACAAUCUCCUACAGAUUUUCGCUGAACUGGAGAUGACAGUGAACAUUCUCAUCCAGAUUGAUAAGCUAGUUCAGUUGAUAGAAUCUCCUGUUUUCACUUACCUUCGAUUGCAAUUGCUAGAGCCAGAAAAAUACCCCCAUUUGUACAAAUGCCUCUAUGGGCUCCUAAUGCUUCUUCCGCAGUCCUCAGCCUUUGCCGCUCUUAAGAAUCGUUUGAACAGCGUCAGCUCGAUCGGCUACCUGCACAUUGCGCCUAAAGUGAAUCCCAGUCCCGCCGCUAGCUCAACCUACGACAGACCAAAUAGGCUUAAAGGCCGGGAAGACGGCAUCAUCCGCUGGAAUGAAUUACUCGAAAAAUUUCGGAGUGUGCAAGAAAGAGCUCGGCGAUCCCAGAGACAUUCUGGAGAUGUCGAUGAUGGCCGAGGCAGCCUCGGUAUGACAGAAUUGCGCCUAGGAGAGGGGAUAGACCCAAAAGGGUCCAAGGAGUCACGCAAUGCAAGCGGGCCUCCUGUGCCGGUAAAGGAUCCGACACCUCCAGCUGCGCCGCCCGUAGUCAAGCGAGCUGGUUUGGGCAUGCGGCAGAUUAGGAACUUGGGUGGUGCAGUCAGGGGAAAGAGACCCGGCUGA